AUGGUUUUCAAGCCCUUCAAACCUCCUUUGAUCAGGAAGCCCGAAAAUUUGACUGACACGAUCGAUGCGAACGACUAUCCGGCUAAGAAGCCCCGCUUGGUGAAGGAAGAAACAACGUCGGUACCACAGACAAGGCCUACACCGACACUAAGUAGCCGAAAACCGCUCUUACAAGUCAGAAACAUUGGCAAGGACUCUGCGACCAAGACAACAAAUGGGCCGGUAUCUAAGGAAGAUGCAAGCUUUGAGAGAUUCUUCAACGCUCUAUGGAGAAAGCCAACAGCGAAGAAGAACAAGACAUGGGAUGGAGACGGCAUACUGGCAGCACGAGGAGGAUUCCUUUACCUACGCGAUGUGGGAGGCAAAGACAUGGGCCGGGUGGCAUACGAGUCAGAACUUGAGCCCGGUAAAAUGCUGUACGUUGCUGGGAAAGAGGUUGAGAUCGAGUCAGAGAUACCACGAGCAGAGUACCUGGCUGGGAAACAAUUCCUGAAUGAUUCAAAGCCAGCGCCAGCGCCCCCAUCAUUGCCGAAGAAAACCCCCCUGUCAAUUCUGCAAAGGAGUGAGUCGCGCAACCGGCCGUUGCCAACUGGUCCUAGCUAUACGAGUUCGCUGAAACGCAGCUCGUCUGCUUUGGAGAGCGAAACCACCGCUAAGUCGACAAAGGCUCUUGGCGCAUACAAAGCACCGCUGCUCCAAAACACUGUCAACUCGUCAACGAGCUCUGAGGCGAUAGUUCCACGACAUGAUCCACAUGCAAAGGGAGCGUUGGUCAUGCCUCGUCCGAGAUCAAUCCCUCCCGGGAAGCGAGUCGUUGAUGUUGUUGUUGAUCCACUGUUGACGAAGAGCUUGCGCCAACAUCAGCGAGAGGGUGUCCAAUUUCUUUAUGAGUGCGUUAUGGGCAUGCGUGAUUUCAAUGGCGAGGGAGCUAUCCUCGCCGAUGAUAUGGGUUUGGGCAAAACAUUGCAAACAAUCGCUCUGCUGUGGACUUUGCUGAAGCAAAAUCCCAUUCACGGUGAACCUCCGGUGAUCAAGAAGGCACUAAUCGUGUGUCCUGUGACUCUCAUCCACAACUGGCGAAAGGAGUUUCGCAAAUGGUUGGGUAAUGAACGAAUUGGUGUGUUCGUAUUUGAUGACAAGCGGAAACGCUUGACCGAUUUCACCAGGGGCAGAGCUUACAGUAUCAUGAUUGUUGGAUACGAGAAACUGAGGACAGUACAAGAAGGCUUGGCCAAGGGUGCUGGUGUCGAUAUCAUCAUUGCGGACGAGGGUCAUCGGUUGAAAACCUUACAAAACAAGAGUGGCCAAGCAAUCCAGUCACUAAACGCCGCGAAGAGGGUCAUUCUCUCAGGAACACCCAUUCAGAAUGACUUGAAAGAAUUCUUUGCAGCCGUGGAUCUCGUCAAUCCUGGAGUCCUUGGCAAUUUCAAAUCGUUCAUUCGAGAGUUUGAAACUCCUAUUGUACGAAGUCGACAGCCGGAGGCCACCAAAAAGGACAUCGAGAAGGGUGAGUCUAGGAGUGAGGAGCUUCGCGAGCUCACUUCCAAAUUCAUUCUUCGAAGAACAGCCGAUAUUCUGUCGAAGUACCUUCCGCCCAAGUCAGAAUAUGUGCUUUUCUGCAAACCAACUCGCACCCAGGCAAACAUUUACAAAGCCGUCCUUCAGUCGCCCAUCUUCCAAACUGCCAUGGGCAAUGCGGAAAGCGCACUUCAACUAAUUACCAUCCUGAAGAAGCUUUGUAACAGCCCAUCAUUACUCUCGGCGAAGAACAACGAUGACUCCCCCAAUGUCAGCGCCCUUCUAGCUUCACUACCCCCUAACCUCCUGCGCCACUUUUCCCCUUCUUCGAGUGCCAAGAUUCGAGUCUUGGAUCAAAUUUUGGAUAGCAUGCGCACGAAAACAUCCGAAAAGAUCGUGCUAGUAUCGAAUUAUACGUCAACAUUGAGCCUGCUUGCAACACUCCUCACCUCGCUAGGUCUUCCCUUCCUCCGCCUAGACGGAAGCACGCCCGCACAAAAGCGUCAGCCGCUCGUCGACGACUUCAACCGCCUUCCAGCUGAAUUAUGCUUCGCCUUCCUCCUCUCGGCGAAGGCAGGUGGCACCGGUCUCAACCUUAUCGGCGCUAGUCGCCUCAUCCUCUUCGAUGUGGACUGGAAUCCAGCCACUGACAUCCAAGCUAUGGCCCGCAUUCAUCGUGAUGGACAAAAGAAUCACUGCCGUAUUUAUCGUGUCAUUCUCAAAGGCAGCUUGGAAGAGAAGAUCUGGCAGCGGCAGGUUACCAAGCUCGGGUUAGCUGACAGUGUCAUGGAGAACAAAGAUAGCGUGGCACAAUUCUCUACGGCCGAGCUGCGCGAUCUCUUCCGCCUCGACGAGGAGACCACUUGCCAAACUCACGAGCUACUUGGUUGUGAAUGUGGCGGCAAGGGAAUUACUCCUGCCCAAUCAGGCACCACCACGCCUGGGGACAUUAGUGACUCUGAACUCUCGGAGCUAAGCGAGCCCCUAUCCGAUUACGACGAUGAUGACGAUCUCCCCGACUUGCCAACCCUGAUGAAAGCUUCGGAGGUCGACAUGGAUAAGCAAGAGCGCGAGAUUCGCGACAGAUCUCACCGUUGUCGGAUGGCCUCCAAAGGGGAGCAGGGCAAGGUCGGAUCGCAGAAGGACAAGAUGCACCAAUCACUUGCACAUUACUCCCAUAUUGAUCCAUCCUUGCUUUCCACUGGCACUGAGGAUGACGAGGAAAUCGCAGCUGCCGUUGACGAUGAUGUACUGGUGAAAUUGCUCAAGGAUGAAUGUAACCAAAUUGGCUACAUCUUUAAGAAGACGAGUGGCGCGCAAGUGGAAAGCCCGGUGGCGGCGCCUGAUUCUUGA